AUGUCCAACAGCAGCUUCAUCAGUGAGUUCCUCCUCCUCGCCUUCACAGACAGACGGGAGCUGCAGCUCUUGCACUUUGGGCUCUUCCUGGGCAUCUACCUGGCUGCCCUCCUGGGCAAAGGCCUCAUCAUCACCACCAUAGCCUGGGACCACCACCUCCACACCCCCAUGUACUUCUUCCUCCUCAACCUUGCCCUCCUUGACCUCGGAUCUGUCUCCACCACUGUCCCCAAAGCCAUGGCCAAGUCUCUCUCAGAUACCAGGGGCAUCUCCCUCCUUGGCUGUGGUGCACAAGUUUUUCUACUUGUCUUUUUUCUUUCAGUAGAGUUUUCUCUCCUCAUCAUCAUGGCCUACAAUUGCUACGUUGCCAUCUGCAAGCCCCUGCACUACAGGACCCUCCUGGGCAGCAGAGCUUGUGUCAACAUGGCAGCAGCUGCCUGGGCCACUGGGUUCCUCCAUGCCCUGACGCACAUGGCCCAUACAUUUUCUCUGCCCCUCUGCCGGGGCAAUGCCCUCGACCCGUUCUUCUGUGAAAUCCCCCAGAUCCUCAAGCUCUCCUGCUCACAAUCCUACCUCAGGGAACUUGGGCUUGUGGUAGUUAGUAUCAGUUUAGCAUUUGGCUCUUUUGUUUUCAUUGUGUUGUCCGACGUGGAGAUCUUCAGGGCAGUGCUGAGGACUUCCUUGGAGCAAGGGCGGCACAAAGCCUUUUCCACCUGCCUCCCUCACCUGGCUGUGGGCUCCAUUUUUUUGAUCACUGCCAUGUUCAGCAACCUAAAGCCUCCCUCCAUCUCCUCCCCUUUGCUGAACCUGGUGGUGUCAGUUCUGUACUUGAUAUUGCCUCCAACACUGAAUCCCCUCAUCUACAGCCUGAGGAACCAGGAGCUCAAGGAUGCUCUCAGGAAGCUGAUCACUGGAUGUUUUCCAGAACCAUUAAACUGUCCAUCUUCUUCUCUAGUGCAGUUCUUAUGUUGCAGGGCCAGCCUAUCUUAA